AAUGUUGAAGUUGUUGAUGGAGGCGCUGAACAGAGAUGGCCAUACGUAGUCUCUUUUCGAGAAGAUGUAUUUGCGGUUAUUUAAAGUUGCAUCCAUUUAUUCUGAACAAUAACAGGUUCCCAGCUUGUCUUCUUAGCACUGCAGCCGAGCAGCAUAAUGCAGGGGAUAAUUUCCAUGGUGAUAACACUAAUGAUGAUGAGAGCCAUUCUGUCACCCAUAUCAGAAUGGUGGAGAUGAGGGCGAACAAACUAGAAGAACAAGUUCGGGACCUCACGGAAAGAUUUAAACGUGGCCAGACAGAGUCUGAAAAUGUACGCAGAAGGACUCAGAAGUUUGUUGAAGAUGCAAAACUUUUUGGGAUUCAGAGCUUUUGCCGGGACUUGGUGGAAGUAGCAGACCUUCUCGACGAACAGACGGCUGCAUUGACAGAAGAAGAAUCAGAGGUCCAAAGACACUCACAGGGUUUGAAACAGGUGCAGAGGAGAUUGCAGGAGGUCUUUACUAAACAUGGGCUGGAGAAGAUGAGUCCAGUGGGAGGAACAUACGAUCCGUACCAGCAUGAGAUAGUGUGUCGCAUGCCAGCUGAGGGGGUAGAGCCUGGCACCAUCACAGUGGUGAAACAAAAUGGCUACACCCUGCAUGGGCGCACCAUCCGACAUGCGCACGUAUGUAUUGCUGUGAAGAGACACGAAUAGUCUACAGAGAUUUCACAUGUGCCAGGGAGACUGGAAAAAGAUGUAGCACUAUGCCACCUUUUUCAAUUGGAUUGACUAUUUUAAUCACAAAUGAACCAUUUGAAAGCACAUUUCUUUAUAUGUACUAGCCAUUUUAUUUUUAUUUUGCCCCCUUAAUGAGUAUGUUUAUAAUUUUAAGUUCUGGUAUGCCUGUUUCCUAUAUACAAAUUAAUGGCGCUUGAGAAUGUGAUGCUUCAUUGCACAAAUGAGAAUCUGCAGUGGGUGGUUUUGUAUGUUGUUGUGGGUGUGAUGUUUUGUGUGGGUAGAACACAUUUUUAUUUUAUUUGAAGGCAUUGUUGUCACCAGUUAUUUAAGAGUCCAAAGAAAAUAUACAGAAUAGGCCUAAUUUCCUUAGAGCCUCAUCUGUCCAGAGUAUGCUGUCUAUCUAAUUCAUAUUUUUUAUUUCAUUUUUAAAAUAUUUCUACAGUAUAUCUGUGUAAGUAGCCUAUACUGUAUAAAUACUUUCUAUUUGCAAUAGCUCUGAGAUCAAUAGUGAGAUUAAAAGUUCAAUAAGAUAAUUGAAGUUUACAGUGUAAAUAGGGAGAUCUUUUUUUACAUAGACCUAUUCUAUUCAAUUAUAUACAUAAUUUGUUUCUGUUAUGUGGUUUAUCUCUCAUUUAUGUUUUGUAGACUUCUCCGACUGACUUAUUGUGCAGGUUAAGUCUGAUUUCUUUGUGUAGUUUUACGGUACACUUAUCAGUACAGUUACAGGAGUUUAGAUCUUAUUAUUUGAAGAUUUAUUGUUACUUAACUGUUCACCGCCAAGAAUCCGUCCAUUAAGAGAAACUAUUACUACUCAAAAUAUAGCACAAAUGUUUAAACCAUAUUGCCUAACUGAAAUAUACAUGCUUUUACAAGGUCAUUCCCCAGGUGUCAGCUACCGGGGAUGACUCAUACAUUUAUCUGUUCUUCACAUGAAUCAAAAAGGACCAAAAUUAAUUUGAAGAUAGCAAAGCCGUUAUCUAUUUUAAAAGGUAAAGUUGUGCGAAUUGUUGUGUACGGGUGUUGCUUUAAUCGAAAUCGUCCACCAGAGGGUAGCAUGCCAUCAAAUACUGUUGGGAAAGAAUCUUCAGAGUGAAUUUGACAGCAUAAUGUGUAUAGUUGUGGGUCUAUUAAAAAGUAAUGCUAGUUGUGAUUUUAGCUGUUUAUUACAGGCUCCAAACCUCAGUUCUCUGAAGCUCUCAGGAUGUUUACUAGAGAUUACUUGGAUUGAUCUUCAGGUCUCAAGGUUUGGUGCUACUCUCUUGUUUGUGGAGGAAACAUGCAGCAUGUUAGCUGUUGAAACUGAUAAACAGACCCCACUUUCUCUCUCAUCUUUAACCUCGCUUGUUUUCUCUCUGUUGACAUUUAAAAUAUUUUAUGUGAAAUGGCCACCAAUAAUCAAGCUCCCUGGCUGUUUGUUGUGUUUUAGCUUUCCAAGUCAUAUAAAGGCAACAGUGAGAGAUGUGUCCCAAUCUGUUGCUCUGCCCUAACCAGAGGAACACACUGCAGUAACCGUUGGGAAUAUACUGUCAAAUACUUUCUUGGAAUAUUUCUUUGAAAUAUUAAUUGGAUUGGCAUCAUAGUAACUGCAGACCCUGGAGCAGUAUGUAUGGACAUGGUUAAUGGCUGCUCUUAUUGUGCUUUGUUUGGAUUAUUUUCUCUGGAUUAAUUAUCUCGCAAAGUGACAAACAUACUGUGUCUAAAGCCUGGAUUUGCAUUCAAUUUGGCCUAGCUUUUUCUGGAGAAGACACAAUUUGGAUGAGACUGUUGGUAUGAAUGUCUUAAAUUGUUAAUUGAUGAAAGCAUUUGCAAUUUCUGACUAUUUUGUGAAAUUAUUAAUAACCUGACAAAAAUGUAUCAGUAUUUUUUAAUAUUCUUGUUUUUAUGGUUGUUUGUGAUUGUUUAAGAUAGAAUUAUCACAAAUUGUGUUUGCAAUUUUGCAUAAAGAGGAAACUGAGAAGUAACUAUUUUCACAAACUUGAUUUCAUUUCCCUUACAUAUAGACUAAAAAAAGACACCGCCUUUUUGGGGAAGAAAUGGGUGGCUUGGUUUCAGAAGAACACAGUGACAAGGGCAUCUGGAUUUUUGUGUGUCUGAGUGCAGUGUGUGUGUGUCCUUGUGCGCCCCUGUUUAUAGUCAGUGUCGCGUGGUACAUGAGGCUGUGGAUAUGGAGGGUGGCACGAGUCACCUGUGUCCAGGGGCAUGGUGACAGUGUGGGCCAAGUCCCUCCACAGUUUACUAAACACGGCUGAUUGGUCCUUUUCUGUUUUAGUAAUAACACUUGUGUGCGUGGAUGGUGUUUAAUGUGGGUUUUAGACCACCGGCUCCUCUAACGGGCAGUUUCACAUGUAAAAAGUUAAGGUUAAAAAAAACUAGGCCUCUGAGAAAACAUUUCCUUAACCCUUUGUCACAUCAACUCAUGUUUCUGGAGUAAAUACCACCCACUUCCUUUGUAAACUACAGAGCCUAGUUUUCUCUAUUUAUACAGGGGGGGAAAUUGGUUAGAACUUAAGAUAUUCGUAGGACAGAAAUAUUGUGAAUCAAAACAACUUGCAGUGCUAGUGUUCUUAUCCAGGGUCUUACUUACUCCCCAUACUUUUCUUCUUUUCUACUUCUUUAUCUCUUCCUCUCUUUAGUGUUUUGACAUGUAUAACGUAUACCAAAUGUGCCAUCAAACAAUGACUGCAGGGCUGGAAAAAUACAAUGGCCUCAGAGUGUCCCAAAGUGAUACCCUGGCUGUGCUGUAGAUGGCUCAUCACUUUGUGUUACCUCUUUACUGGCUGCAGUCCUAGUCGUCUUGGCAUUUGACGUUAUGUGUGUUUUGCUAUUUGGCAUUGUCCAUGUGGAUGUUUAUUGUGUCAACAAGCACCUGCUGCCUGCCCUUUUCUCCCCCACCUUAGCACACGCCACGACUUCAACACUCCUCAUCUUUCACCAAGACCUCGCCUUUGCUGAAUUUAGAACACACGUUGUGAGGUUUUAAGAGUGAAAUUGUUUUCACUGUUGCCACUGUUGCUCAAUCUUCUUUAUUUCUGUGUCAUAGCAAGGUUACUAACAACUGAAAUAUAAAUCAGAAAUGACAGUUCUUCAUUCACACCAAGAAAAGAGUCAGGUACUUAAAAUAUACUAAGUUACAGUAUGUCAAUGUCAGUUAUGUUUUUAUUGGUCUUUGUUUUUAUUGAACUCAAAGAUUGACAACCCAUUUUAUUUAUCUAUCAUAAAUACCACUGACAGCCCAUUGCAUUGACAUGUACUAUCAUUUUAUCAUCCAUGAUACAUCAGGAUAUCUUUUCCCAUAAGG